AUGGUCCCGCCUACGGAUGCACUGUACCUGCACGAUGCUUCGCUACAAACCCUCACCACGGAGAUCGUCUCUUAUCAACCCGUCUCCUCGCUCCCGGAAAAUGAAAGAAGCUUGAUCAAGGCUGCCGACCCAGAGGUCUCGGCGAUUACUAUGCGCCAGACCAUCUUGUACCCGCAGGGGGGCGGUCAGCCUAGCGACACUGGGUCCAUCGCACUGGUCGACAAAGAGCCCGCGUUCACCGUCUCUUUAGUGCGGAAGACGGAGGAUGGGAGGAUCCUUCAUUUCGGCAAGUCAGCCGGUGGAAUUAUCCCCUUCGUUGAAGGCCAGAGUGUCAUUCAACGGGUUGACGGUGCCAAGCGCAACUACCAUUCCCGGCUGCAUACGGGAGGACAUGUUGUGGGCCUGGCGAUGCAGCUUCUCUUCCCGGAAAUGAAGAAAGUCAAAGCAAACCAUUUCCCCAAAGAAGCAUGUAUGGAAUAUGAAGGAUUGCUGUAUAACGAGCAAAAUCCAUUGAUCCAGGCAAAAGUGGAUGAAUUGGUUCAGCAAGAUCUGCCUAUCCUGAUCUCUUGGGUGGAAGAUGGCUCGGAUCUGGAGGGCCGUGGGGCAUUGAGGGACGGUCCUAUCCGGGUUGCGAGCAUAGGUGGGCUCGAUCAGAAUCCCUGCGGUGGCACUCAUGUGCUGACGACCAGCCUGGUGGGACCUAUUACAAUACGCAAGAUCAGUCGGCAGAAGGGUAUUAGCCGAGUGUCAUAUGAGGUGCCUGUGAUAUUGUAG